UCCGUGAGCCGGGAUUGUCAAUGCCGCCACAAGCUCCACGUCUGGUUGAGCAUCGAGAACAUGGAGGGUGGUGUCUGUGGACGUUCCGCGGAGCAUCGUUCCACGCCCUCCCAACUCCCUUAGAACGCAUCUUGCUGUAAACAUCAUUUGCCAAUGUUUGGUUAUUGAAGCAGACAGAAGGAAGAUUAACAAUCAUAUAAUAGCCCAAAGUUCAACUGAGUUUAGUAGAACCAUACUCCAACAAGAACAUCACCCAGCAAACAGAAUCAGAAAGAUCUUAGAGCAUCGGCCUCAGUCAUUUUCUUCGGCACAUCUGAUACCCUGGAUACCAUCUCAACGUUGCCCAACAUGGUCGCCGACAUCAACCAACUUCCGCAUUACACCCCGCCCCCGCCAACACAAGAAGACCUCGACUACGUUGACCUCGUCAACAUCGAUCUUUCAAAAUUUGAUACCCCCGAGGGCCGCCAACAGCUCGCCAAGGAUCUGUACGAGGCCGCGACCGGCUAUGGUUUCCUUUACUUGACAAACCAUGGCAUCUCCAACGAGACCUACGAGCGCCAAAUGCGCAUCGCCAAUGCGGCGAUGACACUCAAGCCUGAAGAGAAGGCCCCAUAUGAAGUAACCCCCGAAGAGGAUGCUCGUGGACUUUACGCCGGGUACAAGCCUGCGGGCCCUCUCGGUCACAAGGGUGGCUUCCCCAAGGCCCUGGACCACUACAACAUGCUUGUUCACGAUCCCAAGGAACGCCCCCACCCCGAGAUCAUCCGUCCAUUCAUGGAUGAGACGUACGAAGUCAUGAGCUAUAUCCGUACCAACAUCCUGGUGAAGCUGCUCAAGCUUGUCUCCAUGGUUCUUGAAGUUCCCGAGGAGAAGGUCCUCUCUACACACGCCCCUGGUGGAUCCAAGACUGAAUACUUGAGAUAUAUGAUGUGUGAGCCUCGGUCAAAGGAGGAGAGCGAAAAGUAUCGUGAUAUUUUCCUUGCUGGACACACCGAUUGGGGCACCUGGACAUUCCUUUUCUCCCAGCCCGUCGCAGCACUGCAAGUUCUUUGCCACGAGACUGGCAGAUACCGUCACGUUCGCCACGUUCCCCACGGAAUAGUCGUCAACUUCGGCGAGGCACUCGAGCGCCUCACCGGCGGCCUCUUCAAGGCAACAAUCCACAGAGUCAUCCAGCCGCCCAUGGACCAGCGCCACCUCCGUCGCAUCGGCGUAAUCUACUUCUCCCGCCCCGCCGAUGAGCGCGAGCUCAUCCCCAUUGAGAACUCACCCCUCCUCCAGCGUAUGGGCACCGACAAGCCCAUCGACGAGCGAGUCUUCUGCAUGGCUGACUACCUCGACGCGAGAAAGCACGGGUGGAAGCGCUACGACUUUGACAUUGACCGCCCUCGUGAGGAAGGUGUUCACCAGGACCCCUUUGAUGGCGAGUACACUGACCCCGAGGGCCACAAGUCGCUUGGAAAGUUUGAUAAUGUGCCGCGUCUGCAGUACAGCUUGCCUACUGUCAAGACUGGCACUGCUUGAAGGGAGAUUGUAGAGCCUUGAUGUAAUGGGACAGGCUUCGCUCUGUCUUGACUUUUGGUUUGUAAUCGGGAAGGCGCACAUUAUUGCAAUGAAUUGAAGUUGGUCUUUUAUCAAAGCCUGGUUUUCUCGUGAUGAUAUUUUCAACGAUGCUUCACAAGAGUAGACGGAUCAUAAGUCGUUACCAAGACGUUGUAUGCGAGGCUUCCGCACUCAACCUACCUAGUUGCUAAAGUGCCCUAACGAGUCUGUUGGCGGUAAGGGUAUGAUAGCAGCAGGUCUCGCG